AUGGUGACCUUCGAGGGGGACAAUACAGUCAUGGCACAGCAAACAGCGAAUUACCUACUGCGCUGUGUGGAAAAGUUGCGACGGGGUGAGAAACUUGCGGGAUCUGUCCAGUACUUGGAGAGAGAGCAGGCCAGCAAUCAACGUCGUCAGUGGGAUGUGAAGAGUGCUGCUGACCUGAACAAUGCAGCGCUGCUUCGAGAUGCGGUGGACGUGUACACUGGUCGCCAAGUUUUUCAGGUCGCAGCUAAGCUAGCCGAGUCCGAGGGAAAGACCGAAUUGGAGCGCGCGAAUUCGUGCUUGGUGGACUUUGUGGAGAUUGCACGCGUCCAUGUCCUCUAUAACGGGGCUACAGCUUUCCUCGACCAAAUUGAAGCGCUUAAAGCGAAGUCGUUAGGAACGACUCUCGUGCCAGCACUAGAAGCUCUGUGUCAAUUGUAUAUUUGCCAGGAACUGGACCGUGGCGCCGCUUUUUUACUGAAGGAGAAAUUUAUGUCGACAUUCCAGAGCAAUCUCGUGCGCGUGCAACUCAUGAAAAACUGCGCUCGUGUGCGUGCUGACUGCGUUGCUCUGGUUGAUGCCUUCAUGCUCACGGACACGGUACUAAAUUCGUCAGUGGGCCGUGCUGAUGGCAGUAUUUACGAAGGAGCGCUCGCCGCAGUGCGCCAUCGCACGGGCCCGACUCCAUACUUUGCUACAUCUAUUAAGCCCAUGUUUGAGGGCAAGCCACUCGAGUGA